CGCCAGCUCUCACCUUCCAAUUUUCUCCAGUCGCAUCCUGUCUGUCAGCCUCAGCGCUGCCGUUAGCUAGCUAAUGAGGGAGUAGCAAGUCAUUCUUACUGAACAAAUUCUGUUUUGAUAAUUCAUCAUUAUGUCACUUUGCUGUGCAGUUCGGUUGGGAAAAUGAAUUUGCGAUUUUCUCAUGCCUACGCUUCUCCUAGAAGACAAAUCUUCCUCUGCGAAGUCCGCUUUUUCACUUCGACCUCGGUAGCUGAUCGGGUUUAGCAAGUCAGUUCGUUUUGACAAGCGAGGGGCUCAUCUGUCCGCCGCUGCUGCUGCCCUGUGACGCGGAGGCGGGGGGCGGCGAUUUGGACAAAGCCAGUCAGAUGUUGGACGGUAAAAAUAUCCACGGAACUCCAACGUCUUUACACCGGCGUGUGAAAGUGAAUUGUCAAGCCGAUCGACUGCCGUGAAAGUGACAGGAAUAAGGAGAGGAGUGAGGUCUAUUUUUGGAGGGGCGAGAGUUUGGAUCUCGCACCGAAGGAAGGGAGAGGAGGGGGGCGUGCGGAGGAGGAAGACCCGCAGAGAAGAAGGGACGUAGGGAGAGAAAAUCCUGAUGCCCGUGAUGGCAAACGAGCCGAUCAUCCUAAACGUCUAUGAUAUGUACUGGAUCAAUGAGUUCACCAGCUCUCUGGGCAUCGGAGUCUUUCACUCAGGGAUUGAGAUCUAUGGAAGAGAGUUUGCCUAUGGCGGACACCCGUACCCAUUCUCAGGGAUCUUUGAGAUAACACCAGGUGAUGCAACUGAACUUGGCGAGACCUUUAAGUUCAAAGAAGCCAUAGUGUUGGGCAGCACUGACUUCACAGAGGAGGAUGUGGAGCGGAUCGUGGAGGAGAUGGGGAAGGAGUAUAAAGGCAAUGCCUACCACCUCAUGCACAAGAACUGCAACCACUUCUCCUCAGCACUGUCAGAGAUCUUGUGUGGCAGGGAGAUCCCUCGUUGGGUCAACCGCCUGGCCUACUUCAGCUCCUGCGUGCCAUUCCUCCAGAGCUGCUUGCCCAAAGAGUGGCUAACCCCGGCUGCCUUACAGUCCAGCGUCAGCCAGGAGCUCCACGGAGGAGGGGAGCUGGAGGAGGCUGAGGACGCCGCUGCCACGGCCUCCCUUGCAUCCAUGUCGCCCUGCUCGCCCUCAUCCUCCUCCAGUCCUUCCUCCUUGCCUCGCCAUUCCCGCCACCAGCCUCGCCGGUAGAAGCUGCAAGGUCUUCUGGGAAACUUGGGGCUGGCGUUGAGGUUACAGAGACUGUCAGGUGCCCGAACACCUGCAGCAGCUGAUUAGUCCAGCUACAGCCAAAAGUCCUGUCAGACUGUUUUCGAAAAAGGCACAGAACUGCUGCCAAAUCUCAGUCUCGAAAAAGAUCCGCAGCAGCGUAAAGGUUUGUUCCUCACAGGUGGAGGGAAGUCUUGCUGCUGACAAAGACAGGAUCAUCUCUCAGUGAACAUGGCUGAUGGAUUCCAACAUCCAAUCCAAACAAUCCAAACCUCAUGUCUCCUUCAUUAUUUUACCAACCAGCUUGCAGUUCACAGUGGAAACAAGGCCAGUUCUAUACCAUUAUAGUGAUUCAUAAUGUAAGAAAAUCUACCAGCCAGAUCCAGAUUUUGCCAGCCGUUACCAGGGUGGAAAAGCCUAAGCCUUUGACAACCUGAUUUGGCAGAUUUAAUAUGGAGCAUCCCUUUGUGUUAAGAUGUUAUUUUUUUGGUUAAAUACUCAAAUACUUUUUUUUUUUUUAAACCUCUUCAGGCUGCUAGGUUUGUUAUAAAAACACUGUGUGUCUGUGAAAUGUAGCAGUCUACUGUUAGACAACAUUAGCAUAGUAGCUAGGGUGGCUCCAUAGGCGUAGCACCACCAGGAGGUCUGGUGUGGUAAAUAUUGCACCACCCAAUUCAGAACACGGAGCACACAACCCGUGUUUUUCUGCUGCAAAGUGAGUACACCUUAAGGAGUCUUUUUUUAUUGAACAUCUAUACAGUUACAGCUUUAUACAGGAUUUUCCAGAGAAUGUAGUGGACGUUAAAGCGCUGCUGAGUGGAUCUAAACACACAGCUACAGAGUUGGGAGUCCCCAGACACCUCACGAUUCAACUAUAAAAUUAUAAUCAGCGCGUCAAAAUUCAGGCGCUGUUCUGAAAACUGCCAGCAGGAGUGGAGGCACAGCUUUUUCUCAUCUGAGACCUGUGUUUGCAAUGGUUCAUUUAUGUGUUGCAAGUACCUUACUUUGCGCUUGACAUCAUGAAAUAAUCUGUGAAGACAGAGUUGUAAUGUAUCUGAACUGAUUUGUUUUUUUCCUUCCCACCCCUGCUGAGCUAUGGUCCACAUCCAGACACUGAAUCUGUAAGUAUCUGCAACCUGAUGCUAUGAAAAGAAAUGUUAGUUUUACAUUACCACUAGCCGAGUGCUGGUAUAAAUGGAUCUGUGGCUGGUAAAUGUUUCCACUGUGCGAUGUCCUAAAUAGUUGGCUGGUAAAAUUUUGAAAGCAGCAGCUGGAAUUUUGAAUCUAAACACUUUGCCUCAAUACGCUGUCUGUGCAGGAUGAAUAGACUUAAACCACAACUACAGUCAGCCUCACUAUCCUCAAACAUCACAUAGAUGCAAAUAAACUGAUCUCACACCAGUGUCUAAAAUCAUUCAACACACCUUGGAUGGGUUCAGUUUCUGGUCUCUUUUGUUUCUGUUUCUUUGCUUCCACUUUAAUGUCACAUCUGGAUCAACAACUGUCAGCUGAUAUCUGCAGCAGCUCUUGAAAUACUACCUGCCCAUCACGGAUUAAACACACAUGAUUUGAGGAAAACCUGAGUGAAACGGGUUUUAAAAAUGCAUCAGCCCAUAAUGUAACAAUUAUGACAAAGUGAAAGUUAUUUCUUCACCAGUAGUGUAAUUAAUGUUUUUUUCUUUUUUUUUUUUUUUUGUUUUUUUCAAAAUAAUUUAUAAUUUAGGUUGCAGGGCAGGCAGUGACUUACAGGUUGGUGAUGACUUUUUGUUAGCAGAAGGUUCUGGGUUUAAAUCCCAGAAGGAAAUGUUUCACAGUAGUGACUGCCAAGGUGCCUUUGAGCAAGGUACUUAACCCACAGGAGCUCCAGUGGCCAACAGUAGAAGACUGUGGUUGUACUGGACAGCUCCCAGUUGUUAGUUUGUGAGUGUAAAGCAAAAUGUUUAACGUUUACAUUAAGGACGUGAUGUCAUAACAGUUUGUAAGAUACGUAAAUAUCUGAGGAAGACAGUCUCUUGAAGCAAAAGAAUUUGAGGAAGACUUACAUGGGAACUGAAACUGACCUGUCAUAAACCUGCUCCCCUGAUGGUUGUUUUUCUCACAUCGGUGUCCUCUUAGGGAUGAAGCACAUAUUUACAGCAUCAAAAACAGUUUUAUUUGGCAAUAUUAUACUUUCAUCUUGUGUUUUUGGGGAAAAAAAUAAGUGAAAACAUCACAUCCGGUCAAUUCGUAAUCAUCUUAAAAACCCCAGAAUAUAAUGUUACGCUUCACAACAAGAUCUUGCUUUUCCAAAACGAAGAGCACCUCAUUUGUCAACAACAACAACACGUAUGCUGCAUAAUGUGUAUUGUCCCAAAACGAGAGCCAUGGAUGUGUUAGAAAUAUCCUUCACUGUAUUUCUACGAUGUAUGGACUCUGGCCUUUUUGUCUGUUUCGUUUAUGUUUGAUAAACUCAGGACUUCAAAAGGCUUUGUAAUAUAUACUCCUUUGAACUUUUUUAUCCCACAUGUUAUGUUUGUGUUAAUUUUGCUUUUUCUAAUGCAGUAGUCACUCCAUAGACAUUUUCAAGAGUGCACUGCGGCAGUGCAGUUUUAUACUCCUCUCUUUGAUAAAAAAAAACGAAAAGAGCUUUUGUUUACAACCUGGAUUUGUAUUUGUAUGUAAGCCCGUGCUGCUCUUUGUGUUUCCUGUCUGUGCACAAAUGUGUGUGUGUGUGUGUGUGUGUGUGUGGGGCUGGGCCAAAUUUCCCUACUACGAACAGACACAGAUACUCCAUCUUAUCAAAUGUAGCAGUGUUUCCAAGGUGCAUCCUCAAGAGUUUGGAUUUCUUUGAAGCAUUUUGACCUCAAGCUUAGCUGAGGCUUUUUCAGUAACAUUAAUUUGAUGCAAUGGCAGAUAAUUUUAACUACUGGUAAACAGGUUAUUUUCAAGACUUUUCUAACAAAUAACCCAGAAACGGUGUUGAGGUGAAUCACACAAAGACAAUAGACACUUCUCAUGAAACCAGCAUAUUUAUUCAUUUUGAAUCUGUAUCAUGAUAUUACUUUUAAAUGUUUCUCUUUAUGUUUCAGUCAAGCCUGAAUGGAAAAAAAAAAGUGAACUUUAUUUUUAAUGCUCACACGUACUGCUCAUGUUGUCACUUGUCUGUGUUUCUACAGACACUGAGGUUUCCCUUAACCUUCACAGCUUAAUGUAAUUUUCUGCUGUCAGUGAUUAUUUCGAUCUGUGGACAAGUGAACAAUAUCUCAUCAAACACUAACUGUCCACCAGCUAAACUGGAUUAAACAAUAAACGUAGCCUUUCAUAUUUCAAAAUGCUGGGUGAGAAAACGUUACGCUAUGUUUAUACGUCAACAUUUAACAUUAAAAGUACCACAGAUCACCAUUACUGAGGCCAAAGAUAGCGAUAAUAAUAGCAUUUCCAAUGUUUUUAAUGUCUCAUUUUGGAUUGAAAUCCUCAUUGUUUGGGUAAAUGUCCCUGUCUCUGUGUUAUCAUGAAUAUCUUAAGAAGUAGUGGGUCUUUUGGCCUAACUGUGUGAGCUAUGAAUGUAGACUGGGAAACCUCAUUCAUUCACACCCCACAAAAACUGACUUCAGCUGUUUGACAGUGAACUUUUCAAAGAGCCUUCAUGGCGUUCAUGGUGUACUCGAUUUGUACCUUGUUGAAAAGUUAUUAAAGAAAAGUAUACAAUGUGUUACUCCUG